GUCGUCCUAGAGUAGGUUUGAAUUAGUGAUCCUGGUCAAUAUGUAGAAUUGGACUCUUGACCAAUUAAGGGAUUUAACUUAAUUUAGAUAAUCUUCACUUUAUUACGGGGGAUAACUGACAUUUAAUCUUUAAGCUUUUAAAACGUUGUUUUUAUUCAGGGAUCAACAAUUCAUAGGAUUUUGUUUCUACACAAAGGUCAGUCUUUUCACACAAAGGUCAGUCAGUUCUGGAGGACACAGUAAAAGUGACAAGUAUCGGGGCUUUUUUGAUUCGAAUGUUGGAAUUUGUAGUAAUUUAAAACUCCAUAACUUACAAAAUUCACUGGAAAACACGAAGAGAAAAUAUGAUUUCAUUAAUAGAAAUUACUGUACAUACAGAAUUAAUUCUAUUAGAGUUGAAAUGAAGCUGUGAUCGAUAUAUAGGAAUUCGGCUAGCCAUUAGGAAUCCGGCACGGCAUCCAAGACAGACAACUCAUGUGACUUUUGAGAUAAUUGGAAUCGCAUCAAAACAAAGCAAUCAGCGCGUGAAUACACAUUGUGUCGUCUGCUCAGAUGGGAAUAUAUCGGUAGCUAGAACAAAUGGAUCUAAAAAAAGUGAUAUAAGAUUUUAAAAGACUUCACGGCAUUUUUUUUUACUUGAAAAUUGUUAUUAAGUUGUAUGAGAAUUAAAAAAAACUAUUUGAAUGAUGUGAGCCAAACAUUUAGUGAAAAAAAUCUGAAUUAUUUACCAGGCAAACAUUCAAAAUGGUGGAUUUCGAUAAAUUUGACAGUGACACAUUGAAAGAUACUUUUCGGUUAUUAGAUGAUUUCAACGAGGAAGGAUUUAAUUGGAGAGACAUGAACAUAUUUUCACAACCUGCCGAUGAAUACAUAGAAAACUUUUUUAGUCGUAAGAAACAAAGAAGUCGGACAGAAAAAUUAUUUUCUUCUUUCCCCUCAUUUGCAUCAAGUGCAAGGACUUCCGUUGAUGCGGAUGCAGAAUUUGCCGAUGACGUCUUUUCAUUUACUAAAAAUAGAUUCAGACGUUCGGAAUCUUCAUAUUCCACGACAUCGGGGUAUGAAACCUCGAGUUCAAACGAGACUAUAUCUGAAGAAGUGAAUGACAGGAGAAAAGAUUCCACAGCAACGCCUUCUCAAUCAAACUAUUCUAGCCGCUGUUCAACGCCGUCAAAAUCUAAAUAUUCACCAAGUUCGUCUGCUUCUACGCCUUCAAAAUAUAAAUAUUCGCCAUCUUCGUCUGCUACUACGCCAUUCAAAACUUACAACAAACAACGCGAAAGGACAUAUUCACAACGAAAUGAUUCGGAUUUAUCUAAAAAAUUAGAGAAGAAGUUUAUGAAGGACGAGAGACAUUCAGUGCCUCACGAGAUAUACUCUGAUUGUCCGACAACUCCCGAAGAUCACGAACGUCCGCAUUCCGUUCCCGUUAAUGGUGCGGACGGCAGUGAUAGUGAUUCUAACACUAGUAUACGAUAUUUUCCGAGUAUAAGUAUGAAUAGUUCUCGAAAUUCAUUGUGUUCUGAACCUUUAGAUCGUUUUAUGUCUAGAUUAUCAAGUUUUUCGUCUGGAUCCUCUCGGGCUUCAUCGGUGAUCCAAGAUGACCCAUAUUCUAGCCCAAGGAAGUCACAACAAGAAUACUCCUAUAAGGGAGAUAACCCUUCCAAAUCAGAAUCAAAUAGUUCAAGUAAUUUACCAGAUGUCCUGAAAGGAGACCCUAAUGGACCUCAAGUUAGACAUGUUCCAAUUGCAAUGCCGCAUAAAGAAAAGGAGACAUGGACAGAGAAGCAGGGAAGAAUUGAAGAAGCGUUGAAAUGGUUACGGUCAGAACUGGUUGGACUCCGAGCCCAAGACAAAGUUCUCCUGUCACAAUUAAAACGUUGCCAUGACACCAUAGAAGAUCUAAAGAAACAACGAUCUCAGAAUCCCCAUAGUGAUGAUGAAGAGGAAGAUGGCCACUGGGAGGACUGGGAAAUAGCAGAAUUUGAAAAGAGGUAUGCUGAAAACCCCGAAUUAGCAGAAGACUUGUUUAAUUUAAAAGCAAAGAAAUCUGGUACCCCAUUCAAGCAAGAUACUGAGGCAACUCUCUGAAUACGAAAAAGCUCAGUGUUAAUAACAUCAGUCAAAAGACUACGCAUGCGCAAAACUGGAAUCCUCAAAUUGAUCCACGUGACCCGUCUGUUACUUCUUUGUUCGGUUUUUUUUUACGUUGCUGGGAAGACUUUAGUAAAAUAAUGGGAAUGAUGUCAUUUUUAUUCUCAAAUAUAGGUCUGGUGGAAAGUAAAAGAAACUGAGAUGAGAAAAAAAGAAAAUGUAAGGCACUUUUCAAGCAAACGUUAUCUACAAUUGUUUUGAAUUCUAUUUUACCCAUGGUGUUAACGAGGACUUUAUUUGAUUUCAAAACUGAAAAAGACGAAAAUGAAAUCCACAGUUUAUAUUUGAGUCGAAGAAAAAUUACUUUCGAGUUGUAUCAAGAAUAUUAAAGAUUUUAAAAAUGGGUUUUCUGUGUCUAGAUGAAAAAAAGUAAAACAAAACAAGAAAUGUGUGUGUUUCUGCACAUUUAAAGGAUGAAUUGUAAGAAGACAUUGUAGAAUUGUAAGAACACAUUGUACUUUCUCAGCAAUUACCCCUCUGUGCCAAAUAUGCAUCACUGAUUAAAAUAUCAAAAUGUUCAUUGUUUGCUUCAAUAUUGAAAUAUUAAGCUUUUAUUGUUGUUGUUGUUUUUGUUUUAUAAUUUUGUUGGAUUAACAGCCAAUGUGAUUCAUAUUGUUAAAUUCCAGAAUGCUUUAAUAAAUUGAUUAAUGUUAACA